ACUCCCUGAGCAAAAUGUAGUCAAUGUAAGCAAAUCUAAUAAUUUCAAUUAUAACAGAAAUUGAAUAAUUACAACUGGCCUAAGAAUACAACAAAAAUAUUGCCACAACCAAACUGUCCAUCAGAGUUAUAAUUUUGAAGAUUUAAAAAUCCAUUCCGUGGAACAAAAGUGACAACUUCUCAGAAGCCGUUAGUCUGGUGAAGACAAAUGGGAGACACGGAGCAAACUGUCGCACGAGCCUCUGUGAGCAACCGUCAAUCCUCUUCUCAGAUGCCCCUACACUUUGCGUGGCAUCCAUUCUAGCGAUGAUGCUGCCCACUCGUACCAACGUAGCACUGGGAUCUCCAGGAGCUAAGUGAGCGUCUGAAACUUUCCGGUACUGAUCCAGAAUACCGCAACCUUCGGAAGAGAUCUGAGCUGCAAGCCCGGGAGAGCAAAGAAAACAUUGCUCUUCCAGCACUGACCUGGAUACUGCAACCUUGGAAAGAGAUCUGAGCUUCAAGCCCCUGAGAACAAAGUAAACAUUGGAAGUUCUCCAGCACUGACCUGGAACACCGUAACCUCCAGGAGAGAUCUGAGCUGCUGAAGCUAGAUGUAACUCUAGAAGAGGUUCCGGUGUCAUGAGCUCUCACGUCUUAAACAAAAGCCCUGUUAAGAUUCCGUAUAAGACCAUCAUUUACACCACCUUACAGUUUUUGAUUGGUACCGUUCUCAUCGUGAUCGGCUGCCUUUUGCUGACAGGCUACAUUGGCCACGUGGGGACCAGCCGGGCCAUUGUGGUCCUCAUUGUGGGUAUUUUGGUGUUUGUGCCCGGCUGUUACCAUUUGAUCAUUAUCUACAGAGCCUGCACGGGCUGCCAGAAGUACUCCUACAGUGACCUUCCAGACUUCGAGGACUAGCCCACCAUGAUGGGGGAGGGGGACGGGCUCACAGGUGGGACAGAACAAAGCCGCAAGGCAUUGGCGGGUGGAAAACUACACCUGGAAUUGAGGAAAUCUGCAACUUUAUAAAUGAUAAAUAAAAUUAUG